ACUCUGUGGGCAGUGACAAUUUCCAUUAUAUCACCUAAACGACAAAGUUUGGACGGACUUCACUUAUGACAGCUGAAGCGACAUUGUGUUUCAAAGCGCUGUGAGACCCUCUGUUGGGGCAAAGUUGGUGUAAAUACCAUGGCAGACGAAAAACAUUUUGUGGAUGAACAUAGAAUCAAGCUGAUCGAGAAAGUGAGCAACAUUCCAGCCAUUUUGGAUGAGCUACUUUGUGAAAAUGUCAUCCAAAAAGACAGUUAUGAUAAAAUCAGCGCUCUGCCUACCUCUAAGGAGAAGAUGAGGGAGCUCUUCAGUGGGCCUUUGAAAGCCAGUGGAGUUCAAGGAAAAGAGAUGUUCUACAAAAUCCUGAAUAAACAUGAGCCAUAUCUAAUGAAUGACCUCAAGACCGAAGUGCCAGUAGAAACAAUGACAGCUAAGAAGAUUCUUUUUGAAACAUUGAAUGAUUUGAGUUCAGAGGAGCUCCACACAUUCAACUCGCUCUUUGAAUUAGAGAACGGUUUCCCACUCUCACAAAGGGGUCUACUGGAAAUGGCGAAUACAAAGGUCAUAGUGGAGCUGAUGGUGGAGACAUACAGCCAUGAGUGUGUGGAGUUGACCAAAAAGGUUUUAAAGAGAAUGAACAGGACUGAUCUGGUGCAGAGAUUAUCAGACAUCAGCUCAGGAACCAAAGAGAAACAGGGGCCUUUAUUGACUCAGAGAGUGGAAACGAUGACGUCUGUUAUAGAGCUGCUUUUGGAAACACUGAAAGAGUUAAAAGAUAAAGAGCUCCAUAAGUUCAAGAGUGUUCUUAUUUGUCAAACUGACUUUAACAGACAUUUCUUAGACACCCAAUGGAUUUUGAAGAACCUAGAGAGGCAGAACAUAGUGUUUUCAAUGGUGGAGAACUACGGCCAACAGUCUGUGGAGAAGACCAAGAAAGUUUUAAAGACUAUUAAGAGGACUGAUCUGGUGGAGAAGUUGUCAGACAUCAGCUCAAAACCCAAAAAAAAGCACUCUGUGGAUGAAUACCCAUCUGCACUGAUCCACAAAGUGGCAACAAAGAGUGCUUUUAUUGAGCUGCUUUUGGAAACACUCAAUGGUUUGAGUUCCAAGGAGCUAGAUAACUUCAUCCAGUUGCUGCACUCCAGAGUUUUGCUGAGGAGCGAUCCAGACAUCUCAUGGAGACGACUGCUUUGGACUAUAGCAGACGAACCAGUGGUGGAGUUAGCCAAGGAGGUUUUAACUGAGAUGAACAGGACUGAUCUGGUGCAGAGGCUAUCAGAGACCAUCUUAGAAACCAAAGCUACAGGAUUGUCAGCGGAGGCAUUGGGUGUGAGUACCAUAGAGAAAGAGAACCAGUCCGUAGAUAAACAUGGGCCUGCACGGAUUCUUAGGGCAGCAGCAUUGGAAACGCAGGAGUUGGCUGAAACCAAGGAGGAGAUUUUAAGGAAAAGGUCUAUUGAAAGCCAAGUCGCCGUGAUAGAGAAGCCAGAGACACAUCAGUCUAAACUGCUCCUCAAAGACGUAACCAUGACAUCACUUGAGGAGAAGCUUUGGGAAACGCUAGAAGACUUAAGUUACGGGGAGCUCGAGCAAUUCAAGCAUUGCGUGCUGCACACCAGAAAGGAGAAAGGUUUCUCAAGAUUCUCAAGACAGAGAAUGAAGAUGGCAGGCAGAGAUGAAAUGGUGGAGCUGAUGGUAGAGAUCUACGGUCAGCGGUCUGUGGAGGUGACCAGGGAGGUUUUAGAAAAGAUGAACAGAAGAGAUCUGGUGCAAAGGUUGAGCUUAGGACUCCAAGACACACAUAAGUCUAAACAUCUCCACCAAGACGUAACCAUGACAUCACUUGAGGAGAAGCUUUCGGAAACACUGGAAGCUUUAAGUUACGGGGAGCUCGAGCAAUUCAAGCAUAUCUUGCAGCACACCAGAAUGAAAAAAGGCCUCCCAAGAUUCUCAAGACAGAGAAUGGAGAUGGCAGACAGAGAUGAAAUGGUGGAGCUGAUGAUGGAGAUCUACAAUCAGCGGUCUGUGGAGGUUACCAUGGAGGUUUUAAUAGAGAUGAACAGGAGAGAUCUGGUGCAGAGGUUGUUAGAAACCAGAUCAGGAUCUAAAGAAAUAUUCAAUCAAGGGCCUUCAGAAAUCGUGGACCCUAUGGUUGGUAGCACCAGGGUAUACCCUUACAUUUACACACAGAACCAGGGAGCCACUGGAAAGGCACUGAACUGGGACCCUCUGGGUAGGGACUCUACCCCUGGCAUAAAAGAUUGUCCGCUGCCUGACUGGACUGAUCUUGAACCUGAAGUAAACAGUCCAGAUGCAGCUGAGGCUCCAACUUACAGCUUACAGUCUGAAGCAGGAAACUUUCAAUGCAGCGUCUCUGGCUUGCGCUGGGUCUGUAAGGAGAAGGUCAGCUUUAAGUACCAGUUCUGCUCUUGGGAGGGAAUUAUGGAGAGGAUGGAAAGACUACAAUACAUGCCUGCAGGUUCCCUUAUGGACAUCACAGUCAUUGCUGGGAAGUUAAAUGAAGUGUACUUGCCGCACUGGAUCUGCAUAGAUGACAACCCUAAAAUAUCAGGAAAGUUCGCAGUCCUGCACAUAGAUGACUGUGGAGAUGUUGUGGAAAAAGUGUCUGAGGUGACAUCGUCCCAUGUCAAGCUGUCUGAACCCGUUUUCUCUCCAAGAGCAACUCUGAUGAAAAUGGGCUUGCCUGUGAAAAUAGACUGUCAAGUGUUAAUAUACUACAUAUCCAACACAUCAUUCCUUAGACUGCAUGUUUACCUGAUCCCACAUGAUCAUGGUCUUCAACAGACAGUGGACAAAAAGAAGGAGGAAAAAGGAUACAAAAGAAUUGAAAAGCCACGCCCAGACAAGUACCUGAAAAUGCAGCAGGGUUUCAAACUCGCAGCAGACAUAAACGUGGCAAAAAUUCUCCCGGAGGAAAUAACCCUCCGAUACGAUAGCCAAGAUCCAAAUUUCUAUGAAGUGUUCAUUGAGAAUCCAGACACAAACUUCCACCUUACACUCUUACCCCUUAACAAGAAGAAGAAGGAUACACCACAGUGUGAACCAGUAUGGAUCUGUGAAAUUCAAAAAGUUGACUAUCAAAACUCUGCUGAUUCAGAAGAGACAUGUGGACAAUCCCCCAGACAUGGUCAAAGUGACAAGAAACCCUCUCUGGAUGCCCAUCUAUCUGCCCUGAUGGUGAAGGCAGCCACAGUUACAACAGAUAGAGAGAGGAUUUUGAUUAUGCUGCAAGAUUUGAAUCAGCAAGAGUUCAAACAAUUCAAAUGGCAACUGGAGUACGGUGACAUUGGGGAAGGCCGUGAACGCAUCCUAAGCUGCAAACUGGAGAACAGUGACAUGUUUGACCUGGUGACUCAGCUGUGGACUACCUACAUCCAGCAGUCUGUGGAGGUGACCAUGAAGGUUUUAAAGCAAAUAAACAGGAAUGAUCUGCUGCAGAUUUUGUCAGACACCAGCUCAGGAUCCAAAGAGAAACUCUGUGAAUGAACACCUGUCUGCACGGAUCCGGAAAGUGAGCAAAGGAGCAUCUGUGUCGGACUCUACAUCCAGCUUUCAUUUAGUGUAUGCAUGGUUGAAAAUCAUCCCUGCA